AUGGUGAUCGAAAGAAGAGAGAAUGAGAUUAUACCAAGCUAUAAACUAGUGAUGCUUCAUGAGAGAGAGGAGGUCGACGUUGACGGCAAGGAAGAGGUUGGUGAAGCCCUAGUCGGCACUGAAACAGUCGUUGGCGAAGCCGUCGACGCUCAGCGAGGCCCAAUUCGUCGUUCACAUCAUUCUCCGACUGAUCCCCCAGCGCCGUUCUUCUCCAGAACGCCGAGGCUGCACAAAUCGACAUGGCCGACCUUCUCCAACAUCGAUAUCUCGCAGGCGAAGGUGAUCAUAGCAACUUCCGGCAACACCCCGACCUCCGAGGACCUCCAACUGCUUCGGCUUCCUAAUUCGACCUCGGCUCGCUUCGAAUUCGAUGAUCCAGGACCGUUCACUCUCAACCUUGGCAAAUUUUGCCUCAAUUUCAGUCACGCCGACGACGAUUUGGAGCUCAACAUUCACGUCUUUGUGACUGUUAAGUCCGGUAUUGUGAGGUUGGGGCUUUACUGCAAUGCUAUUGACCAUGUGGAUGAUGAAGUGAAUAGGCAGUUCUUAUUGGAUGUUUUUCGUGACAAAGGAGGGAAUCGGUAUGGUUGGGGCGAAUGA